AUCUCUUCACAAGUGAUAAUCAGUUUUACCAAAUUAAAACUUUUUUUAUGUAAUCUUUGCAUUUUAUUUAGAAAAAUGUCUUUGAUUGCGAAAAUCACAAAAAUAUCGAAACUAAAUGUUCCACGAACUAGUUUAAAUACAUUUUUUAGAACUGCUAGCAUGUGGAAUAAGGAUUGGAAACCAGGCCCAUAUCCACGAACAGAAGCUGAAAGAAAAGCAGCAGCUCUGAAAUAUGGAUUAGAACCAUCAGAAUAUCAACCAUAUCCUGAUGAUGGUACAGGACAUGGUGAUUAUCCAAUGUUACCAGAAAGAUCAGCUGAGAGUAAAGAUCCAUACUAUACAUGGGAUUUUCCAGAACUUAAAAAGAAUUUACAUGAAACGAUGCAAUUGGAAGAAGAUAUGUAUGGAGAAACUCGUUUUUACAUAAAUCAAAGGUUACGAAUUAGUUUACGAGAACAAGUGUUAACUUUUGUUGGUGUCAUGUUGGCUUUAUAUGGAAUUUAUGAAGUACUCGAUCCCUACCCAAUGUUUCGACCAGUUAAACCAAAACAAUUAGCAGCUGAUGGCAAAACACAUUAUACUUUUGAAUUAGAAUAAAUUUGAUUUUGUACCUAUGUACUGUAAUAACAAAUUAAACUAGCUAAAACACAGUUAUUGAAAUAAAUUAAAUAUUUGUUUAGAA